GCGCUUUAACCGGGUUGGUGGACAUGGAGAGUCCACCUAGGAAAGUUGGAAAACCCUCAUUCCAAACCAAUUGUUCACAUGGGCUCUAGUACCCCGAGGGAACAUAUGGCGUAUGAACCAAUUAUUGGUCACCGGCUAUCUUGGGACUGCAUCUCCUUACGAUACUCCAUUGCCUUGUGGACCAGACCUUCAGGUCUACGGCUCUGGGUGUGGCCCCCUAAGAAAACCAACUGCUUCGGUUUGGGCACCCAGUCAGUAUUAAAGCCCUCAUACAUAUCAAAUGAGAUCUGUGUGACGCAUAUGUAUUUGGUGCCUUCUUGUAACAAUAUCUAUGUGUUAAAAUAAAUAUCUAUGUGCAUCCUUAUACCAACAUUUAUGUGUUUAAAUAAAUAUAUAAAAUGAUAAAAUACAUUUUUUUCAAACAACACAAAUAGAAUGUAAGUAAGAGAUGAAUCAAUUCUCAAUGACUUGAUCAACAUUAAUUGAGAAUCUUCAUGCCAAUAACAACCGUUUCCCUGAAUUGUUAGCAUGUUUUAAAUUACAGCCAAUACACACAUUGUUUUAGCCUUGUACCCAAAAGAAACCUAGUUAGAUUUCUUGCAUGUAGAGCCAGGAGGAUAUACUCAGACGACAUAAUGAACAUUCAGACGCCCCACAAUGGUAGUAUUUCUCGAUCUCAAGGCAGCAUUCGACUCUAUUGAUCGUGAGGUUCUAUGGCAGUGUUUGUCACUGAAAGGAGUACCAAAGAAGUACAUUAACCUUAUACAGGCUCUCUACUCGAACACAACUGGUAGAGUGAGAGCUUAUGGCGAACUGUCAUCAGAAUUGAUUACCUCAAGUGGUGUUCGUCAGGGCUGUCCACUCUCCCCAUUCUUGUUCAACUUUGUCAUUGUCGUACUUUUAGAGAUAACACUCUCCUCAUCUAAAUUUCCAGGGGUUGAACUUCUACCAGGAGGUUCACUUGUUGACUUAGAAUAUGCAGAUGACAUAGUUUUAUUUGGUGAAGACGCUGACAAAAUGCAGAGUCUUCUGACCACUCUAAGCAACAAUGCAAACAUGUUCGGGAUGCGAUUCUCUCCCUCGAAAUGCAAAAUGUUGCUUCAGGAUUGGGUUACAUCGACACCCGAACUAGUGAUAGGGAGUGAAGUAGUUGAGUGUGUCGACCGCUUCACUUAUCUUGGAAGUCUCAUCAGCCCUUGUGGUCUGGUGUGUGACGAAAUCUCAGCACGGAUACAGAAGGCUCGACUAACUUUUGCCAACUUGCGUCAUUUAUGGCGUAGGCGAGAUAUCCGUCUAUCAACCAAAGGACGUGUUUACUGUGCAGCAGUUCGUUCCGUCCUACUUUAUGGCAAUGAAACAUGGCCGGUAAGAGUAGAGGAUAUCCGUAGGUUACUAGUAUUUGAUCAUAGGUGUCUUCGAAACAUUGCUCGUAUAUCAUGGGACCAUCGAGUAAGUAACACAGUUGUUAGGAAACGGGUACUAGGUAAGGAUGGCAAAUCAAUUGAUGAAGUAGUGAAACUUCAUCAGUUGAGAUGGCUGGGACACGUGUUACGUAUGCCCAACGACCGAAUGCCUCGACGUGCUAUGUUCAGUGGUAUAAGAGUAGGUUGGAAGAAAGCUAGGGGCGGCCAAACCAAAACAUGGCACAAAUGCAUGAAGUCACUGACAAGUGGACUGAGUCAUGUUGGUAGGUGUAGACUACCUGGUUGGGGACCGCGAGAUGAUAGCAACCGAUAGUUAGAGACCCUGAAUGACAUGGCUCAAAAUCGUUUGCAAUGGCGC